AUGGAGGAUGAAGUUGAAGUUGGAUGGAUCGAUGACCAAAUUGAAAAUGAUGCAGAACAUGGUUCUUAUAAUGGUUCUGGUGAUGAUUCUGAUGGUGGUUCUUAUAAUAGUUCUGGUAGUAAUUUUGAUGGUGAUUUCAGUGUUCUUAGUAACAGUUAUGAUGAUAAUCUUGAUCAUGAUUUUAAUUCCGAUUUUAAUAAGACAGAUAUAUUUAUAAGAUAUACUAUGGCUAUUGAAAAUAAAUUGAAGAUUGAAGAUAAGCAUUUAACUUCAGGACAUAAGUUGCGACUUAAAGCUAUCCAGUAUUAUCUACAACUUCUUAACAAAGGACAUGCAAAAAGUUGGUCUAAAGUAUUUAUUAAUUAUAAUGAUGUUCCUAAAAUUAAUCAUGGCAAACAGUUUAAAGGUAGCAGCAUUAUUGAUGAUGAAAAUGUUCAAUUAAAGGUUACAGUAUAUUUACGACAACACAAAUUUGAUAUAAUCGUUAAUAAUUUUUGUGAUUAUGUUACAAAUGAGAUUUUACCUUCCAUUGGCAUAGAAAAAAAAGCUAAGAUUAGUCAAUAUGCAAAAGGAAUGUAUAUUAACAGUCAUGAAAGGAAUGAUGUAAUUGCUUAUCGAAAGGAAUUUCUUAAAACUAUGGUUGGUUAUCAAAAAUUAAUGCCAAAAUUUAUUGAAGAUGAACUCGAAGUUAAAAUAGAUCCAGAAUUAGAAGAUGGACAAUACAUACAUAUUCUUGUUAUCCAUGAUGAAACAACUUUUCAAUCGAACGAUGAAAAAAAAUCAGGUUGA